AUGCAGGAGAAGGAAGUGGCCUACUCCACCGCGGUGGCUGAUGAGGCAGCCCCGGAGGAGACUGCCAUGCACCUCAAAAACCUGAAGUUACAGCAUCAGUGGGAUCCCAACCUGCCCGAUGAAAUCGCCGACGAGAUUGAUGAAGCCCUCCACACGACCGACAAGGGGGCGCGCGAGGGCAUGGCCCAUGAGCUGCUGGACGACUCGCCCUACCCCGAAGUACGCGCCGCUGUGCCCAACUACGACGAGGGUGGCCACACCAACACCAUCCGCGCGUGGACCAUCGGUAUGAUCUUCGCCACCAUCGGUUCGGCCCUGAACAUGCUGUUCUCCAUGCGCAACCCUUACAUUGUCAUUCCCUCCUAUGUCGCCCAAGUCGUUGCCUACCCAGUGGGUGUGGCCUGGGCCAAGUUCAUGCCGAACAAGCAGCUCAGUCUAUUUGGCCGUCAAUUCAACCUUAACCCGGGCCCCUUUAGCAAGAAGGAGCACGCCCUCAUUGUUAUCAUGGCCAACGCGACUUUCGGUGGUGGUGCCGCCUACGCAACCGACGUUUUGUUGGCUCAGCGCGCUUUCUAUAAGCAGUCCUUCGGAUGGGGGUUCGAGAUCCUCAUGUGUAUCUCGACCCAGAUGCUCGGAUUCGGUCUGGCGGGAUUCUUCCAUCGGUUCUUGGUGGCUCCCGCAGCCAUGAUCUGGCCCUCCAACCUGAUCAACUGCGCCCUGUUCACCGCGCUUCACGACACCCGCAAGCCAGACCCGUCCAAGGUCAAUGGGUGGACAAUCGGCAAGUACCGCUUCUUCCUCUACGUGAUGAUCGGGUCCUUUUGCUGGUACUUCUUCCCUGGUCUCAUUGCGCCGUUCCUGAGUUACUUUGCCUGGGUCACCUGGAUCAAGCCCCAGAGCCCGGUUGUGAACCAGCUCUUUGGCGGCGAGACUGGGCUGUCGCUGAUUCCCAUGACGUUUGACUGGACGCAAGUUUCGGGUUUCAACUUCAGCCCCCUUAUUGCUCCCUGGCAUGCGAUCGCCAACACUCUCAUCGGCAUGGUGAUCUUCUUCUGGAUCGUGACCGCUGGUAUCCAUUACAGUGGGACAUGGUUCGCCGAAUUCCUGCCCAUCAGCGACUCCAGCAGUUACGACAACACGGCCACUACGUACAACGUCUCUCGCAUCAUGACGUCGGAGUUCACCCUGGACCUGAAGGCUUACGAGGAAUACUCCCCGCUGUUCCUGUCCACGACCUUCGCCCUGUGCUAUGGUCUCUCUUUUGCUACUAUCAUUGCUCUGCUCGUCAACACCGGUCUCUUCCACGGCAGUGAGCUCUGGGUGCGCUUCCGCAACUUCGGUAAGGAGGAGGAGGAUGUCCACGGUCGCCUGAUGGCUCGCUUCAAGCCGGUUCCGCUUUGGUGGUACGGUGGGGUGGUGGUGGCUAUGAUUGCCAUCGGCCUUGGUCUCGUGCUCGGUUAUCCCACCCAUUUGGACUGGUGGGCCUUCUUCGUGGCCUUGAUCAUUGCCGUGAUCUGGUACGUGCCCAUCGGUAUCAUCCAGGCGUCCACCAACAUUGCCCUCGGCUUGAACGUCUUGACCGAGUUCAUUGUCGGCUAUAUCCAGCCGGGCAAGCCCAUGGCCAUGAUGCUGUUCAAGACCUACGGGUACAUGAGUAUGUACCAGGGGCUGUAUUUCAACCAGGACAUGAAACUAGGUCACUACAUGAAAAUCCCUCCCCGUGUCUCCUUCUCCGGACAGAUGGUUGCCGCCUUGUGGUCCUCUAUCGUCCAGAUCGCCGUCAUGAACUGGGGUCUCGCGACCAUCAAGGACGUUUGCAGCUUGGAUCAGCCCAACCACUACACCUGCCCCAACGGCCGUGUGUUCUUCAACGCCUCGGUCAUCUGGGGUCUUAUUGGCCCCCAGCGGAUGUUCUCCCCGGGUCAGAUGUAUGUUAACCUGCAAUGGUUCUGGCUGGCGGGUGCCUUGCUGCCCGUGGCCGUCUACCUCGCCGCUCGGAUGUGGCCCAAGUCCAAAAUCCGGUACCUCAGCGCUCCCCUGAUUUUCGGUGGCGCUGGCCUUAUCCCCCCGGCCACCCCGCUCAACUAUCUCACCUGGGGUAUUGUGGGUAUGAUCUUCAACAAGUACAUCCGCGACAAGUUCCGCGGCUGGUGGAUGCACUACAACUACAUCUUGUCCGCCGGGUUGGAUGUCGGAUUGGACCUCUGCACGAUCCUGAUCUUUUUGACAAUCGACCUCACCGGCGCGAGCUUCCCUGACUGGUGGGGCACCCGCAUUGCCAGUGGUACCAUGGACACGAUGGGCACGGCGAUCCAGACGGUUCUGACCAACGGGACCUUUGGCCCGACGAAGUGGUAG